AUGAAUCGAAUUCUGAUCGCUUGCGAGAUUAUAAUUUUCAAUAUUCUGGGACUUUUCGGAAAUUCACACAUUCUAAUUUUAACCUGGCGAUCAAAGAAAUUGAAAUGCAAGUCUUGUAAGUUUUCAAAAUCCUCCAGGAUUUCUAUUUUUCAAAUUUAGGCUAUCUCCAAUGUUGUCUAGCAAUAUCCCAAUCAAUUUGUUUGCUCUCCGAGCUCCCAAACGCCUAUUUCUUGCUCACCGGUUCUCAAAUAACCCGUGCAAAAUGCUACAAAAUUGUGGCUCCCUAUGUAUUUUUUGCGUGUGCUCAGACAGUUAUCAUGUGGUUUUUGGUGUUGGACAUUUUUAUGAUUUUGUAUUUUCCGGCUUUGUGAGUUCUUUAUGCUAUUGAGUUAGGCUAAUUGAAUUCUAUUCAAAAAUAGAACCAAAGAUUCCGAAAAAAAUGUGCAUUGCUCAGGUUACUUCAACAAUGCACGCUUCACAAGAUUUUUCGUAAUUUUCUAAUUAGGAAGUUCAAAAAAGGUUGUUUUUUUGAAUGAUCACAAAUUUUUUGAAAUCAAACAUUUUGGGCCUAAAGGUUUCAGAGUUCUAUAUCACCUCAAUAUUUUUUGCCAAAGCUGGGGGAAAUUUCCUAAUCCAAACAAAUCUUCCUUAAGAAAAAUAUUACGUAUUUUCCUAAUCCGGGAAAUCAAGUUGAUAAAAGUAGGCUACAAAGUGAAUACCUCAAAGUUCCAGAUCAUAAUGUUUUCAUCAGAAAGUUCAAAAACAAUUUUUUUUGGAGUUCUGAUUGGGAAGUUCAGACGAGCAGAAAAUUGAAUGAUUUUGAACAUUGAAAUCAAUCUUUCAGAUCAUCAGAAAAUAAGGCAAAUUGCUCAUGUUAGAAAGAAAAUUCAAACCUACUUCAAGCUAAAAUUGCAUGCUUCCAAGAAUUUGCAUAAUUUUCUUUGAAAAUAACAAAAACCUUUCUUGAAAAAAUCAAAAUCUCGAAUAAAAAUUCGGAGCAAGAAAACACUUCCAAAAAAUCUCAUAUUGCUCAGAUUAAAUUAGAGUUUUCGGAUUCCGCAAGCUCAUUUUCAGCAACCUACAAUCAGACUUCUAGACCAACAAAACAUUGAAAAAUGUUCUCUGAACUACCUUUAGAUGCGGUAUUUCCUAAUCCUAAUCGUAAUCCUAAUCCUAACCUUAAAAAUUGAAAAUAUUACUUUUCCAGAAUAUAAUCCUUAUGAAUAAUAAGUAAAAUAUAGGAAGUUUUAAAAAUCUAAACAAUAAAGUAUUGCUCAUGUUAAAUAAUUUUUCAUCGUUUCAACAAAAACUUCAAUUUCCAGAAAUCAAUGAGAAUCUAUGUAUUGCUCAUAUUGUACAUUGCUCCAACUUGUUUUUACCAACCCAAGUCAAGCUCAAAUUUUCACGGCCUACUAGUUUUUGCGUAAUUUUCUUUGAAGAUACGAAUUCUAAUAAUUAGGAAGUUCAAAAAACCAAAAAAAAAAUCAUACAUUGCUCAGGUUAAACUAGAGCUCAGAUCAAUGAAACACGAACUUUGAGCUCGGUAUUUCCUAAUCCUAAUCCUAACCUAAGCUUGAAAAAUCUUCCUUACUCGAGUAAAAAAAUAUGACGAUUUUUUACUCAUGUCAAAAAUCUGUUCGUUGCUCAUGUCAGGAAAAAUUUUCCAAACAUUCUCACAGAUUUCGCGAGCUCAAACUCUGACAAACAUCUUUCAGAUACCAUCAAAUCCCAGCCAAAAAAUACCUAUUGCUCAUGUUAAUCCCACCAACAAUCUACGGCUCCACCAUCGUCACCCUAGGCUUUCAAAAAAUGAACGAUGAGGUGCUCAACUAUUGCAACCCUCCGCUAGCUUUAUUCCCCACAGUAUCCCAAAUCUUCUCGCGCUCCGAAGUCUUCAUCAAUACCCUAACAGUCAUCUGCUUCAUAGUUCUCAUCGUGAUUUUCAAACAAAAAAAGCAACAAAGAGAGCCGAGUCGAAUUAUGAAGCGUUUGCAAAUUUCAGUGAUUCUGUUUACUGUUUCGUGGUAUAUGUGCUUGUUGGGCGUGGAUUUGAUCAGUGGAAUUGGAUUUGAAGCCGAGUUGGCGGCCAUUUUGCAAGCUAAUAUGGUUAGGAAGUUUUUUUUUUGGAGGAAUGAAAAUUGAAUUGGGAACAUUUUUUCCACAUGGCAUUAAAAAUUCCAGAAAAAAAAAUUCUGGAAAAUUCCCCUGAGCAUUGAACACUUCAAAAUUCAAUCAAAAUUCCAUUUUUCCCCAAAAUUUCACCUUUUUGGACUUUUUGUGUACACAAAAGUGCAAGAAUGUGAUUGGAAUCUAGAAAAAAAAAUUUCUCGAGCUCUAAAAAUCAAAAUUCAAAACCUUUUCAGGUCAUCUUCGCGUUGCUCUGCUACUCCCAAACCUUCUACCUAAUCCUAUGGCGUUCCGCCGAUUACCGCGACGCAUUUUUCGAGCUCUGGAGCUGCGUUCCGGCCGUCAAAAAACGUCGAAUGUCUCAGAAGCGAAUCUCAAUUGUGACCAAUUUCCACUUUUUGAAUUCCAACAGAUCUUAUUAA